GGGAUAACUCAAUCUCAUCCUCGUCUGGGAAGUCAUAUAGCAACGUGAUGUCGGUUUUACAAUUUAAAAUGGAUGACAUCGAAAAGAUUUUUGAUUCCAUGGACAAUGAAACACUGCAUGAUAUAUUCCCGGAUGAUUUUAAAAAUUCGACAAAGCUAAACUUUUUUCAAGGCAGACCGGAUCCAACAACUCAGACGGUUCUUAUAUCUGCGUUCGUUCCCUUGGCUGUGGUUACCUUAGUCUGCAAUAUUGUUGUUUGUUACGUAGUUGGAAAGAACAAGAAAAUGCGAACUGUAACCAAUGUUUUUAUAGUGAAUAUGUCCGUUUCGGAUUUAAUUCUGAUUUUUCUGAAUGUUCCAUUAAAUAUUGCGAGACAUGUGUCGCAGGAAUGGGCGUUAGGAGACUUCCUGUGCUAUAUGUUGAAUUUCUCUCUGAUGUUGUCAACUUAUGUGUCUACUUUCACUUUGACCGCCAUUGCCCUGGACAGACAUCAGGUAUUAUUGUAUCCUUUACAACCUCGAAUCACGAAAAGAAUCAGCUUCGUUAUUAUUUUUGCUAUAUGGUUUCUUUCAAUUCUGCUAGCAUUACCUUAUGGAUUUUUUACCAAAGUGGCAGAGACCAAUUUCAUUUUCGCAAAAUUGAGACGAUGCACAACCGUUUUCCCUCAACCUGCUGAAAAGUGGGAACAGGCUCUCACGAUAAGCACUGCAGUCUUACAGUUCUUUUUACCAGUUGGAGUUAUAGCUAUAGCGUAUAUUAGGGUGAUUCAGAAACUCUGGUUACGGACACAUUUAGGUGUAGUAACAGAGACUCAGAGAAGAAUGGAAAUUCAGAAAAAAAGGAAAACAAUUAAAUUAUUGGUCGCUGUAGUUAUAGUGUUUACAGUGUGCUGGGCACCAAUUAAUUUUUACCACCUUCUGACUGAUCUUCAUCCAAAUAGGAUAGCAUUCAAAUACAGCAGUGCUGCCUUCUUCGUUUGUCAUUGGAUUGCCAUAGCUAGUUCGUGUAUAAAUCCUAUAUUGUAUUGUUGGAUGAAUCAGUCGUUUCGUGCAGAGAUCAAAAGACAUGUGACAUGUUUGAGAUGUACGAUUAAAAAACGAAAUUGCUCCCAUGAAGUUGAUGACCCAUAUACAAGAGAGACAAAUUCUCGAAUCAGACACGAACGAAUUCGGAGAUCAUUGUCAAAUCCACUUAUUUCCUCCUCAUCGUCUGAUUCGCGACGAUCAGAGAGGGAACUUCCCAAAAAAUGCAAAUUUACCUGCAGGUGCACGUAUAAAUUGAGGAACGUUUAACAUGAAAGACAAAUCCCUCCUUUACGUAUUAGACGUGUUACUGUGUUAAAAAUACAAAUUCCCAUGGUACAUCUAAUGUUACUCGGAAACUUCCAAGGAGUCAAUAGACUACAGUUUUAUUGUGUAUUUUUGUAACAAACCUAUUUUUAAAAUAUACUUGAAUCUCAAUUCCUGCCUUGGUCUCAGCUGGCCCUGAGGACCAUGAGCUGAAUAACUUGAAUCUACACUUUA